UAACCAAGGCGAGAGUGGAUAAGUUUCUUAUCUUGAAGAGAUUCAUGUUAAUAUUSUUAAUUGGUUAAUUCUAAAUUUUAUUUUUGCUUAAUAAAUUAAUUAACAAGUAUUAAGUAAAAGUGUGAAACAUGCAAUUGAAAAUAUAAAGAAUUAUUUUUAAAGUAUUUUACAUAAAUAAUAAAUCAUUCGUAAUAUUUUAUAAUAAGUACGGUAUUAUACAUAAGUCUAUAUAUUAAAGUCAAAGUACCUAUUAUGGAAUUAACUAAACAAUAUUUUUUAAUCGUAGAUCUGGACAUGAACUGAGUGAAUAUCCAACAAACUUAUUUAAAGCCAAAAUGAAUAUAUCAACUGAAAUUGAACUGGGGCUGAAGCGGUUGUGUAAUCCAGCACUGAUAAACGACAAAUGUUUCCAGACAUUACUACAAAAGGCUGAAAAUAUACUGGGAACAUUGUUAGAUGAUACUUCAGGACAAACAUUUGACAAUGAGUCUACCAUAAGCAUUACUUCUAAACAAGAUAUUGCUAAAGAAGCUUUUGCUUCAUUGGUAGCUCUAUUUACAAUUGCUAGUCGACAUUGCCUGGACGGAAAGUCGUUGAAUCAAACCAUGCAAACACUAGUUUUGGCUAAUACCGAUCGUUUACCAGAGAUCAUUAAAACCUAUGAAUCUGUUAGACCACGUCUUGUGGAAGUUUCCAAGAUUACCACUACAUCUUUGGCUAAUGUUGUUGAUGUUGAAUGUCGCCUCGAUUACUGUGUACAAUCUAGUGUUUUUGAUGACGUAUCUGAAUUAUUAUACAAAGUGCGGCUGAAGACAAUAGACAACGGUACAUUAAAAUACAUUGACUUCGUCUGCAAUACGCAGGAACUUCAAGAACUAGUGUUUAAGCUAAARGACGCAGUACGGCAUUUAGAAAAAAUUGCUUCAGCCAGUUAAGAUUCACAAUAUAUUUUAUCAUAUUCAAUCUAUAGUAUGUAUUUGUUCAUUCCUAAUUUUUCUUAUUGGGUACAUAAUAUAUUUUAUUACAGUCUUAAAUCUUAAUAUAUUAUAUACUGUAGAUUUAUUUAAGACAUUAAAUUU